GCUAUCCGCACCUUUUGCUUACUACAUGAGCUCGACGAAUUUAAUGAUCGUCUCAUCUGCAAACAUAAAAGUCCGAAAUUCUCAGUCAUGAUUGAAGCAGAUCCAGUUCUGUAAAUAAGAUCCUGGGAACCUUUGAAAAGUGGAAUGGCGGUAGGGUCAAGCCCGACCAUGGCCGAGACAUCAGCUUCAGAGCCCGCGGACUUGCGUGGGAAUAGAGAUGUUGAUGCGCCUGCUUCGGUCAGCAACGCAUUUUUUAAACGCACCAGCUCACCAAGUGCUUCACGGCCUUCAAGUCCAAAGUCGACCCUCAGUGAUUCUGAAAUAGAUCAAGUGGCAUUGCCAAUUGAAAUCUCCCGCCUUCGCGAACAACAGAGCGGAAGUAGUUCUUCUCCGAGCACUCCGAGCAUUGAGGAUUAUGACACACAAUCAAUUGACUAUGCUGGUCUUGUGGCCGGAGGCAGGGGUGGGGGAGUCGGAAACAAACUUGAAGGCCUCACGACGAGGCAGCCAAGCUGGCCGCUUGGUGCGAGGCCGAAAGAUGAGAUUUUGAAGAGAGGACAGGAACCGAUACCACAGGACUUUUCGAAUAUACCCGAACGAGCUCACCAGCGGAGGCGGAGCGUCCAAGUUACGUUCGAACAGAGAAAGGAAGGUGGAGGAUAUAUUUUGACUGCUGAUGAUCCGGAAUUGCGCGAGAUCCUCCGCCAUGGCCUCGAACGAGAAGCAAAGUCAGCUGAAGCAUUAGCCAAAGGCAAAAAGCGACCUAUCUUUCGCUUUCGUGAUUUGGUCUUCACAAAACAAUUUACGGCCUUUGAUCGUCAAAAUCAAAUCAGCGCUGACUCACCGUUUCAUGGCUUUUUCACGUUGUUCUGGCUGGGGACUGCCCUGCUGAUCCUUAAAAUUGCUGCGCAGAACUGGAAAAUAUAUGGGAACAUACUCGGAAAUAAUGAGAUUUUGAAAAUCAUGAUGGAGCGAGAUGUGGUCGUUUUAGGUUUGACCGAUGGAAUUAUGUGUGCUGCAACAGCUUUUUGUUGGCUUCUCCAAGUAGCCGUCUUUCGAAAUUACGUGAGCUGGAACAAAACGGGAUGGAUCAUUCAGAAUAUUUGGCAAACUCUGUAUUUGGCGGGAGUCAUUGGCUGGAGCUCUUUCCGUGAUUGGCCCUGGACACACACAGUCUUCAUUGUCAUGCACUGCCUUGCGAUGCUCAUGAAACAGCAUAGCUAUGCAUUCUACAAUGGUUAUUUAUCCGAAGUAUACAAGCGGAAAGCUUUUCUGGAGAGAAAGUUAAAGUUACUGCGCGACAUUACCCCGAGCGGAAACCCAUCCAUAAAACCUGACGCCCGGGCUUCUUCAAUAUCUGUAUCCCCUGCUAGGGCUGAGCGUGAAUACAACCUUCAACAGCGCCGACGAUCGCUUCAGUCUCGGAGUGCGUCUGACCUGCGUGGAGAACAUACCCAAGUUGGCCACGCUGCUUCUGCUAUUGAGCCUGGCGCAUCCCUCGAUGCAGAGCAAAUACAGACCUUUGAGCGAAUCAUCAACUGGGAACUUGACGAACUGUCUGAAGAACUAACUGGAAAAUGUUCUCAAGGGGCCAAAUGUUAUCCUCACAAUCUUACAUUGGGAAAUUUGAUGGAGUAUAUUGCUCUACCCACACUUGUGUACGAGCUCGAGUACCCCCGUCAAUCAUCCAUCAGCUGGCUCUACGUUGCAGAAAAGACGGCCGCUACAUUCGGCACGCUCCUCAUCAUGCUCGUCGUUAGCCAGGCGUACAUUUACCCGGUGGUGGUGCAGACUGUACACCUGAAGGAGCAAGGCAUUCCACUGCAGCAACGGUUGAUGGAGUUCCCUUGGGUACUCAUGGACAUGCUUUUUCCGUUUAUGCUCGAAUAUUUGCUCACCUGGUAUGUUAUAUGGGAAUGCAUUCUCAAUGUCCUCGCUGAACUCACACGCUUUGCUGAUCGUGGAUUCUAUGGUGACUGGUGGAAUAGCGUUUCAUGGGACCAAUUCGCUAGAGACUGGAACCGACCCGUCCACAACUUUUUACUGCGACAUGUCUACCACUCUUCCAUUUCGGCCUUGAAGUUGUCAAGGUCUUCUGCAACUCUCGUGACUUUUCUUCUUUCAGCAUGCGUGCAUGAACUUGUCAUGUGGUGCAUCUUCAAGAAACUCCGUGGAUACCUGUUGGGUAUGCAAAUGCUGCAGCUUCCGCUCGUCAUGCUUAGUCGUACGCGAUUUCUCAAGGGGAAGACGAUUCUCGGAAAUGUCAUUUUCUGGUUGGGCAUUUUUACGGGUCCUAGUUUUCUGUGCACUUUGUAUCUUAUCCUUUGAGUACUUUACAUGUAUACCAUGGAAAGUCGGUAUAUCUCAUUCUUUGGGCGUACUAGCAGUAUUUUUUUUUUCUAGCUGGCAUCGGAAAUACCAUUUGGCUUUUUGAAGUUUCAUGAGCGAG